CUUGCGGGGUCACGGAUGACGAGGGAUAAACUUUAGUUUUCUUCCAUGUGACGUCAGAGGAUGCGUUUGAUUUCACCACAGACGCUGGUGGAGUUUUGAGCUGCGGUUCAUUAACCUUAAAGUCGGUUUAAGAUGAGGGUGAACGCACGGGAGGGGUCGUUUCUCUGGGGUCUCCUGCUGCUUUGCAUCUGGAGCCUGUGCAGCCAACAAGUGUCCACUGGCAACCAAAGCUCCGGAGGACAGACAGGGUCGUCGCAGGAGAGGACGGGGACUUGUGAAGUGGUCGCCGCUCAUCGCUGCUGCAAUAAGAACAAGAUUGAGGAACGCUCUCAAACAGUCAAGUGCUCCUGCUUCCCAGGACAGGUGGCGGGGACAACGAGGUCUCUGCCCUCUUGUGUUGAUGCUUCCAUUGUGCAUCAGAAAUGGUGGUGUAAAAUGGAGCCCUGUCUGGAGGAGGAGCAGUGCCGGGUGCUCCCUGACCUCACCGGCUGGUCCUGCAUCUCCGGGAACAAAAUAAAGACCACAAAGGUGGCCAGCUAGCCAGACAGAAGUUCAGAUUCUCCCCUGAAGUGCUGCAGUCAUCGUAACCCGACACUGGACCGUGAACGCCUCGUCAAAUUCCUG